CUUUACGAUUCCAACGUUUCAGUUGCUACCGCAGUCGUACGAUAGACAUUCAGCAAAAUGAUCACUAGUCGUUUAUUGGAAACGUUUAUCUUGGUGUUUUUGACGUUGACUGUGGAAAUUACCGCUGAUAUUAAUUUUAGACGAAGUCGUUACAGUCCAGUUCUGCGAAAUAUUUACAGCAAUAUCUGCCCGAAACCAGAGUUUGUCAAUGGCCUCAUACGGAUGCGGCUUCGAGGAAAAUAUCUACGGUUUGAGUGUGAUGCUGAUUUUACACUUGUAGGGUCGAGUCUUCUUUUGUGUAAGAAUGGGAAAUGGAAUUCACCAGUCCCUAUUUGUGUCAAGUCGGGUUGCGUCGAUCUAGCCGCGGUGGAUAAUGGCUUCAUAUUAUAUGAGAAUGAAAAAGCAGCGGCAACACUGUUUUGCGACGGCGGAUACAAGUUGGCAGGAUCAAUGUACAGUUACUGCAAUGGAUCUUCGUGGGAUCGUUUGCUGGGUAGUUGCCGUCCAACGGGAAUGGCAGUAGCUGUGUCAUGCGAUUUUGAAGUGGACGACCUAUGCGGAUGGGAGAACGAGGCAACGCAUAGCGUAGAUUGGGAAAGAAGUUCUGGAGUUGCGUCACGACGUGCACUAAAAACUGGCCCAAAACACGAUCACACAACGGGAGAGCCUUUGAAUGGUCAUUUCAUGAUGGUGGACUCAUCGCAGCAAAAUCCAAACUCAACGGCACGUCUAAUAUCUCCGAUCUACAACAGAAAUUACAGUACGGUUGCAAGCUUCCGAUUCUUUUAUCACAUGUUCGGUGACGUAGGCACGCUAGCCGUUUAUGUGAAGCCCCUCAUUUUGAGUUUGAGAGAGAUGUUGAAGCAAACUGCUCAAUUCUCAGUAAGUGGUAACCAAGGCAACGCGUGGAUCGAAGGUUGCUUGGAUGUGGAGCAGCAGAACGAGAGCUUUCAGUUUGUUAUUCAAGCAUCGUUAGGAAUGCGUUACAGAAGUGAUAUUGCAAUUGAUGACGUUCAACUGCUCAAUGGAAGUGGUUGCAAUACUAACGAUACCAUUUUGGAAACAAUCACUGAAAGUGAUGAUGAUAUUAUUCGAAUAGAUUCGUGCGUUGGUCGUUGUGGUAAAAACAUGUCAGAUUCCAGUGGCGAAAAUAAUCAAAACGUAAUUCAUUGUGGCUGUAAUAACGAUUGCAAUGACGAUAACCCUUGCUGCCCUGACUAUGCGGAGAUUUGUGUUUUUGACGGGUCAACUGUAGCUGAAGAGGAUGUGAACCUGGAAACUGACAUGUUGGGGUGGGAUACUCAACAAAAUUCUAAGGUCACGGACUCCACAUCGAUUGUUUUGGGUGUAUUGGGAACAGUAUUUUUUCUUUCGAGCAUAAUCAUGGCUGUUAUAUGUUUUUGUCAAGUUUCCAGAUUUCAGGUUUUAAGUGUGAUCAGAAGAUGGCGAUCGAAUCAUCCAGAAGAUGCCUAUACUAUGGCCGAAGAUGUUCAUUUUUUGUCGGCAAAUGACACACUCAGUGAUUUCUCUGAAGAUUUUGGAAGCUCUGUUACUGUAAGAUCAUCAUAGAAGCUCGAAAUGUUUUGAUAUACACUGGGGUCGCUUUUUACGCGGUUUGUGUUUGGUUUUAGAAUUGAUUAAGGUGAUUAUACAAUUAGUCCCGUGGUGAAUUUCAAAUUCACCGCAUGUUUUUCCACUCCUAUUUUCAAAAACCCAAACCUGACAAAAUAGCUUUCGUGCAGCGCUGAAAUUGAAGUCGAUUGUUCAGCAUGAGUAAGCAAAUGGUCUACCAUUGUUUCACUAUGUACGCGCGUUAUAGUUCUCUCAACUAGUGCUCUUGUAAAAUAACCAUAAAAAGCACAUGGUUUCCAAGAUGGCUGAUUUGUGACUUUGUUGUAUAAUCACCUUAAAUCAUUGAGUUGACCCCAAUCCACAACAAAUCAGAGAAAAUCAGGUGGUAUUUGAAAUGAUGUGGAAAUCGAGGUAGACGGAAAAACUGGCAAAAUCCAUUCGCCUGAAAAGUGUGUAAUGCAUGUUUCAUUGUUUAUAAGAUACUAGUCGACCCGGUAGACGUUGUCCUGCAUAGUAGGCGAGAAUGUGCAUUCCGAACUGCCCAUGCAAAGUUCGCAUAGGAAUCACAAUUUUAGUUUUUCAUGAUUUGCUCAACUUUACUCGUAAUUUUUACAUUAUAAAAUAUUAUAUAAUCCCGUCGGAAACUAUAACGAAUGUUUCUGCUGAAGAAAUGAAAAAAAAAAUCCAUCCAGCCGUUUUCGAGUUAUGCGGAUACGAACACAGACCAUUUCAUUUUUAUAUAUAAGAUUGAAAAUAUAAUAAAUGUGUCACGAAAACAGUGUUAUAGCUUUUACCUUAGGGGUCGUACACUUUUUACGUAAGCAAUUUUUCUCGUUUUUUCGACCCCCCUAUCUCGCCCCUUGUAAGAUUUAGUGUUAUUUAGCGUAAGAUAUUGAC